UACCAACAAGUUGCUUGAAAGUACCACUGUUAUGCUUGUAACUAUCUGCUCUAUCUCUUUUCCUCCAGAUUCAAGUUCUCAGGAGACAGAGUGUGGUCAUGUCAUCAGCUGACUUCCUGUAUGAAGAUAACUUUACUGAAUACAUUGAAGAUUAUGAGGAAGAUGAGCUACCCCAGGCCCAGGCCUACCUCAGUCAUGCACAAAUUGCUUCUCUAGUGCUACAGAUGAUGGCUUUUCUCUUAGGAGUACCUGGCAAUGCAAUAGUUAUUUGGAUCAUGGGCUUCAAAUGGAAUAAGACAGUUACAUCCAUCUGGUUUCUCAACUUGGCAAUUGCAGACUUAAUAUUUGUUUUGUUCCUGCCCCUAUAUAUUGCAUAUGUCAUCAUGGGCUUCCACUGGCCUUUUGGGAAAUGGCUGUGCAAAGCAAAUGCUUUUAUAUCCUUGCUCAACAUGUUUGCCAGUGUCUUCUUCCUGACAGCAAUCACCCUUGAUCGUUAUGUCCAUCUGAUCCACCCUGCCUUCUCCUAUAGGCAUCGGACACUUGGGAAUGCCUGUAUCCUGGUUCUACUUAUUUGGGUUUUGGCUACAGUUCUUGGAAGCCCAGCACUGUAUUUCAAAGACACACUUACAUCACUCCAAAAUGUCACCAUAUGCUAUUACAACUUUCACCAUGACUUUGAUAUUAUUGCAUUCAGACAUCACACACUUACAUGGAUAAAGUUCAUUUGUGGCUAUCUUUUUCCACUCUUAACUAUGAUUGUUUGUUAUUCCUUUCUGGUCAACCAGGUUAAAAAAAGUACAGUAAUAACUUCCAGCAGGCUCUUCUGGACUAUUCUUGUGGUGGUGAUGGGAUUUUUUAUUUGCUGGACUCCAUAUCAAAUAUUUAGCAUUCUGGAACUGUCAGCUCAUCAUAAUGCCUCUUUGCAUGACUUGCUUGAAAAUGCCAUGCCUCUUUCUAUUGGCUUUGCCUUCAUUAACAGUUGCCUAAACCCUAUCCUUUAUGUCCUUCUCAGUAAGAAGCUUUCAUUCUGCUUUAGUGUGACAUUCUCAGACUUGGUCAAACACACCCUGUGGGAAGUCAGCCAAUCUGCAACUAUGAGCGAUCAUGGUCAGAAUUCCCUGAGUCUGCAGUUGACUGAAGUCCCAGUGAUAGAACACCCUCUUGAGGAAAUUUUGCAAUGACUGCAUCUCUCUUUGUAAAUUAAAUUCAAUUUAUCACCAGAUUAACAUAUAGUAUGUCUGGAUACAAAUAAGUAGACGAGCAUGGUAGAUAAGCUUUUUACAAAUUCUGUUAAAGAUCUCUAAUUUUUCACAGAGCUCACAGAGCAUAUAUGACUCCUUUGGUUCCUGCCUCAACUCCUAUCAGUCAAAUAGUAAUGAAUGUUAAUGCAACUGAGAAUGAUGGAAAUGUAUGGUUGAAGGCCCCAACAUAUUGCUUGCAGGUAUAACUCAAAUAAUUCAAAGCUUCGGCAAUUAGACAUUUUCACUAAUUAUCCUUUAGGAGUUAUAGGGGAGUAAUUUCAGACUGGAAAGGCAGAGCAAUAUAGAAUAAUCUUUGCUUUUCUAUCAGUUUCAACUUUGUGAACUUUUCUAGGCUGAGGUUAGAAAUGUUAGCAAGGGAAACACAAGAAGAAGAAAAAUUAAAUAUAAGAUUUUGAAGUACAUUCUGUAUCAUAGUAUUGCCUUAUUUUCUAUCAUUCCUGAAAAAUAAAAGGGGGAUAAUAAAUAAAAGUGGGGAAUUCAGGGCAGACUAAUAAUCCUGUGCUAUAAAUGUAUGAGGAAGUAAUAUUUUCUCUUAUGCUUUCUAAAAUGCACUGUUUACAGUAAUAUGGUAUGGUAUUACAUUAUAGUACUAUAGUAAUACAGUACUAUAUUUGCCAUGCUUGUAGUACUGAGGAAAAUGUACAAUGUAAGCACAAAUUGAUCUCUUCUUUUGUUACAGUUGCUUGGAUAUAGGCAUUUACAUAUAUUAAAGAAAUAUCC